UGUACACACACAGACAUGUACGCACAGAGACACAUGUACACGCACAUACAGACACAUGUAUACACACACAGGCACGUACAGACACGCAUACACACAGAUACAUGUACAUACACAUGCACAGACACAUGUACGUACACACACACACAGAGACACACACACACAUACAUACAUGUACAUACACGCAGACACAUGUACAGAUACACACAUGUACAUACACACAGACAUAUGUACAAUUAAAAGUUGCAGUACUUCGUUGUUCACUCACAGAUCCGGGUACUGCACUCUAGGGGGAGGCACAGAGCACAGCACACACUCCUUCCUUUGCUUUCACUGAACUCAGUUAUUGAGCAAUCUGAUGGCUCCCAGUGCCAAUGACAGAUCCGGCCUGAGCUCAGAGCCUGCUCAGCAAGAUGGCCCUGGGGGACACACUCGCCCCCACCAUAAUUUCAACUCGCUAUUGGCGAGCAGGCGAGUGGAAAUUUCAAGCCCUAGGGUAA